UUUCGGAUGGCCUAGAGUCUCCUUUUCCCAUCGAUAGAAAGACUUGUGUCAACGAUAGGGGAAUGGCCGGUUUAUCGAUUACGAGUUUCAAAGUCCGUCUCGUGUAUGAACCUUUGUGUUUAGAGGCAAAAUGAAUUUUGCGAAAUCUUGGAGCGAAUUUAAAGAAAUACUUCGCAGACACGAAGUAGAAACUGUAACAAAAUAUGUUUACUACUAUGGAAAGUCAUUCGAUAAAGAGAUUGAACUAACUCCAGAUUUACGAUUAAACUGGUUAGAUGAUAUUCCCUAUUUCCACUUUGGGCGAAAAACCUAUGUUUGCCAUCAAGGAAAAGAUCUGAAUAAACGUCAAAAGGAAAAUUAUGCUAAAGAAAAAAAUGAAAAGUGUCAAACUGAUCAUGCUUUUGGUAAAGCAUAUUCCAAGAACCAGACAACUAAAAAAGUUAAUUGUCCAGCUGUAAUUAAUGUUACCCGAAUGUACAGGAUGCCUCAGUUCAAGGUAGAAGUUUAUUUAACUUUUUGUUCUAAGAUGGUCUUAGUAAUUUUAGAGAAUUUUUUUUUAAGGAAAAAAUAUAAUUCUGUCACGUAUGAGCAAGAUGUAUUGAAGGUAUUCUAUGAUAAAGUAUACAUACUUUUGACAUAA